AUGUCCUCCUCGCAGUCGCAGGAGGGGAAAUCCGAGGGCGCUGGGACGGGUCAGGAGGAGCGGCCCUCCAAGGCCUGGGGGCUGCUCGUCUUCGGCCUCGUCGGCGCCGCCACCGCGACCCUCGCGGUUGGUCAUGUUCGUAAAAGUGUUGAUUGGUUCUACACUCAGCUGAAUAAGGUGCAGACAACAUCAUCCUGGAGGAAGACAAGUAAAAGAUCCACCGGUGGAACUUUUAGUGACGAUGCUAGGAGACGAUAUUAUCAACGUAUGCAGCAGGAAUUUGAGGAUGAACAGGAAAGAGUUCAAAGAAUAAGGCACAUGCAAAGUGUUUUCAACCGAGAGAGGAACAAAUUCAGGAAUAGUUAUGAAAGUUGGAAGGAGAAUGGCCCCCCAGGUGGAUAUAAUUACAUCCCGCGGGAUGACUGGUAUUGGCAGACAGAUACGCCUAACUCGGAAAAGAAAAAUAAACGGACAUAUACUCCGGCAGGGCCUAGGGGUUAUCCUAUGUCGCAUCAUUACACCGUUCUUGGUCUUGAUAGAUCACGAGGGACUCCAUACACAGAUGCAGAAGUAAAGAGUGCUUUUAGAACAAAAGCAAUGGAGGUCCACCCUGAUCAAAAUCAAGAUAAUAGAGAGACUGCUGAAGAAGAGUUCAAGGAGGUUGUCAAAUCAUACGAGGCAAUAAAACUGGAGAGGAAAAAUAAUUCAAGUUGA